AUGCGUGUCCUGCCGGCCUUCACCCUCGUACUGUUCGCCUUCGUCUCGUCUACCCUCGCGCUCCGCGACUACUUCACCCGCGACGAUCUCCUUUCUGUCGCAAGAGCCUACAAGCGUAGUGCCGAACUUGUCGACAUGCUCAUGCCCCGCCAAGCCAAAGGCGAGGUAUGGUGCUCGAACAAGAGGUCCGGAAAACGUCUCAAGGACCAAACACUCGACGCAGAAACGCUGAGGAAGUUCGAAAAGAAAGGAUGCAGCCCGAACGGGAAGUCGCAAUUCUCCAGCUCGCAUAACUGCCAAGGGAAAGGGUACUACUGCAUCCGGGCCAAUGGUGGCGGAGAUGCGAUCUAUCGCCACCAGCAGGUUUAUCGUUUCUCCUAG